AGUUCCCAUGAAGGUAGCCCCUUUUGUUUUCAAUUUCUCUUACAUCUCGUUAUAUUUAGAAAUGCAAGGACUUAUUUUACUUGGUCCUGAUUCACCCGCGGGCCCGCCUUCACAAGUGUUUUGCGCGACGACGUUUACGUUUGUUUACUAACCUUCCAAGGAACCCGAACUUUAGAAAAAAGAAAAACACGAAAAGCUACUUACUUACUGUGGUCAUUCAAAAUGAGUCAACAACUCGAAGACCCGACGGCCCGGAAGUCGAAGAAAUCGGACCGGAAAUCCGGGAAAAAAUCCGAGAGCAAGAAAUCGGAGACCAAGAAAUCCGAUAUGAGACUGCACAACUCCCCAUCCCCCUCAUUUGUGAUGCAAAAUUCCAAAUCCGCCCUUUGCCUGUUAGCACUGUUUGCAUGACAGCUUCCGGAGUUUUCCAAAACAGCACUACAAUCCUCUACUAGGAAUUUGCCAUGCACAAGCUGCAUCUUUAUACCAUCGCUUGUGUUGCUGUUCAUGCAACACAAAUGAGGGGGAGGGGGGGUUGUGAACUCUCAUAUCCGAGAUCAAAAGCGCAGUAGAUGAGGUUGUCGAGAUCCUGGCCGACGAGGGGCAGAAGGUGCCGUCUAGUCAUAUGACCUGCUCAAACGUUGCAAUCUCAAACGUUACAGUAGAGUCUGGAUUUUGUCUUGCAUGCUGAGCAUGACAGAAUCGCUGAGCGUUCUACUUUCUGCAAUACAAAUUUCGGCAGGUAAUUCUAGUGCGGUGUGGGGCUCCGAAGCUUGUCAUGCGCAAUUCUGUGAGAGCAGGUUUGCGCAUGCACUUCUUGCACCACAGAUUUCCGUAUUCUCUUGUAACGCUUGAGAUUGUAACACCUGAGCAGGUUAUAAGUCAGGGCACUGUAGACACCAGCCACAUCGGUGGCCUCGGUGGCGCACCCCCCGUAGUCGCCGUGAGUCAUGCCACGCCACAUCACUACAAAAACAAAGCCGCCGUCGGCUACGGGGCGGGGGUUGCGUCUGGUUCUCUACCGCACUACCACAGGACGACGCAAAAUCAGCACGAGAGCGGCGCUGGUAGUACAAGUGGCGCCGCAGUCACGUUGCAGCCUCCUGCAGCCGUGUCUUCGGUUGUAUCUCCAUCCCCCCCUGAGAUGCUGAACGGCACACCGUACCAGGCACCAGCGCCGUUUGUGCCUCCGUCGACCACGCCUGUGGCGAGAGACGAACCUGGUGAUGGCGAGGACCGCGGCUUUGGUUUGGGAAAAUUGCUCGGGGGGACUGGUUUGAAUAUGGGGGGAGGGGGAGGGCAGUACGGCGGAGGGC